AUGAGCUCGCCCCCCGGACCCCCUCCUCCCGGCGGUGACCGACCGCAGACCUCGGGCGGCCACCCCGAUUCCCCCACAGUGUGGCAUCCCGCGAGUGAAUGGCUUGACGACGACGGAGAUGGGGAUGACGUGGACUUUCAACCCGAGUCAGAGCACUCGGGGGAUAUACCGGAGUUGGAGGAUGAAUCGAUUGAAGAUGAGGAGCUCGAUAUCGUACACCCGGUAGAUCCUGAAUUGCAUUUGGGGAAUAUAGAGAUCGAAUUCGAUAUGGACGACGCCAAUACCGAUCAGCAGGGCGAGGAUGCGCAGGAUGGGAGACAAACUCGGGUGUCUGCAGCCCGAUUGCUGAAUCUGCUCGCAUCGAAUGGCCUCCGGCGCAUUCUCCGUUAUAACGGCUGGCGCGACGGGGCCUGGGAAGAAGACGACGACGAGGAGGAGGACGAUCUGGGCGGUUUCCUCCGAUACCGUCGCCGACCAGCCAAUUCUGGGAGGGAUGAGCUGCCCAAGGUGCCCAGCGACGAGGGCACGAAGCUGAUGGGGUCCGGCGAUUUCGGGAGUAAUCCUUAUUUCGUCGAUGUGCUGCAAAAGCGCAAGAGGUCGCUUGCGACAAAACUGAUGUGGCGGGAGUUAGGGGUCGACGUUGAUAAUUCCCAGAGGAGGCCUGUGCAGUCGAUAUCUCAGGGUCUCAUACCGGAGUCGGUAGCGGAUAAGGUCAUCCAUUUCGACUCGCGAUGUUACUCUGGGCAGUUCUCGGAUGAUGGGAACUUUUUCUUCUGCUGCUCGCAGGACUUCAAGGUCCGGAUGUACGAUACGUCGAAUCCGGUGGACUGGAAGUACUACAAGACUGUGGAUUAUCCGUUCGGCAGCUGGACUAUCACGGAUGCCACCCUGAGCCCGGAUAACCGGUUUCUGGCGUACAGCUCUAUACGAAACAUGGUCUGUCUUGCGCCUACGGAUCCGGCGGAUAGGUCUGACCCGGCUAUCCUUGAUCUUUCUUCGGUUCCUGGGGGGAGAGCUGGUCGCAGGUUUGGCAGCUCGCAUUUUGGGAUAUGGUCGCUUCGAUUUUCUGGGGACGGUCGGGAGAUUGUGGCGGGCACAGACGACGAUUCUGUUGUUGUUUAUGAUCUGGAGACCCGACAGUCGGUCUUGCAUGUACAAAACCACGAAGACCACGUCAAUGCCGUGUGUUUCGGGGACAAGUCUUCGCCUCACAUCCUCUACUCCGGGUCUGACGACACUACGCUGCGGGUCUGGGACAGACGCUCGAUGGGCGAUGGGCGCGAAGCCGGGGUAUUCAUGGGCCAUACCGAAGGGUUAACAUAUGUCGAUAGCAAGGGCGAUGGUCGGUACAUUCUUUCGAAUGGCAAAGACCAGUCCAUGAAGCUAUGGGAUCUGAGGAAAAUGAUGACGACAGCGGACUUCGAUAAAAUCAACGUGGGCCACCACGCUACCGGCUUCGAUUACCGGACCGAGUCAUACCCCGACGACUACUACGAAGCCCAUCCCAAUGACUGUUCCGUGGUCACGUUCCGGGGUCACAAGGUUCUCCGGACCCUGAUACGAUGUCACUUUUCACCUCCCGGCAGCACUGACUCGCGCUAUGUAUACACUGGCAGCCAAGACGGUAAGGUCUACGUGUAUAACAUGAACGCGACCCUCGCUGGGACUAUCGAUGUCGGCCAGGCGACGAUCAACACGAGACCUCAAGAUCCAGAUAUCUUUACCAUGUUUGGAAGCAGACAUGACGGACUGUGGAGGACCUGCGUACGAGAUGCAAGUUGGCAUCCCAAUGCUCCUGUCCUAGCUGCAACAUCCUGGAACGGCUGGGGCAUGUCGACUGGCACCUGCACUGUACACUCAUGGAACGGCUCGGCUUCUUCAGACGAAGGGGAUCCGCCUCUAGGAACGAGCUACGAUGCUCGGUUAAAAUAUCAUCGCGGGUUUAACGAUUUCAAAGCAAACUUGGACCGGCGAGAUGCUUUCUUGCGGUUCCGUGAGAAUUCUGGUCCGAACCCUAGUGCUGCGGAUUUUCGUACUUCGACUGAUCCGGAGGAUACGUGGGAUUUGCCGUAUGGUUCAUGA